AUGAAGACGCAUGCAAGCGCCUCCCUGCGAUGGAGGUCUCUUCCUCUCGCGUCCGCGCUGCCUUCGCUGCCUUCUCCCGCGCGUCCUUCUCCGCUCCUUCGCGCGGCUCGUCGCACGCCACGACGGCGGGAGGCGCGCGAUGACAGCGUGGAAACGGGUCUCUCGACAAAGUCGCGAAAUGCCGCUUGUCCUCCGCACCCCGCUUCCGCGUCUUGCGGCUCUUCGUUGUCUCCUUCCUUAGGCGAGUUGCCUCGGGGGGAGGCCUCGCGGAGUUCGCUCGCCUCGGCGGACGAAGAAGGCGCUUUUUCUUCUCUCUUCUUCGCGCUGGACACGCCGGGUGAGGUGCUUGGCAGCGCGCAAGAGGCGGGGGUUCCAUCCGCACGCGACGCCGGAGUCUCAGCCGCCGCGGUCGGAGAGGAGGAAGCGGAGGACGCACCACCUGCGCCGCGCGCCGCGUUCCGCCCGCUCGAAGCGCGCGAAGGGGUACAGAGCGACGCGCAGGAGGGAGGGACGCCUGAGGCGAGCCGCGAGUCACACGCGGCGAGUCGAAGCGCCGGCGACGGGCAGGGGGAAUUAAACGCGCGGGGAGGCAGCGAAGGCUUGCGCGAAACGAACGAGAGAUCGGCGCGCGAGAGAGAAAGAGAUCGGAGGAAGCAGGCGGCGGAGGCGCUCGCCUCCAAGGCGACCGAGAACGCAAGGGGCAGCAAGAAAGCAGGAAAGAAAGCAAACGCGGCGCCAAAUUCUCCCGCGCUCUCGGCGAGUCCUGCGGAGGAGGGGGGACUCGAGGCACAGGCGCAGGCGCAGCCGCGGGAGGGCGAGACCGCGCCUGAGGCGUCUGAGGCGGCUGAAGCUGGAAAAAAAGAGAAAAAAGCGAAAAAGGUGAAGAAGGAGGAGAAGCCGAGGAAAACUGCCAAGAGGCGAGACGUAAUAUUCGACCCAAAAGAGGCCUGGCAGGCGUUCCUCGCGGCUCCGGAAAACGGCAUUUCCUCCCUCAGCGCCUACGAGGCGCGCGCAGCAAGCGACACCAGCGACGACUAUCACGAGGCCCGUGUCGUCGUCGGAAGCGCUGAGGAGCUCGACCGGCUCCUGCACGCGCAGUUUGUCCUCUCCGCGGCUUUUCGUGCUUCCCCCCACGUCACGCAGACCGCGAGUCUCGCGCCUCCCGCCGCCCCGCCCUUCGCAUGUAGCCAGUUUCCGGCGCCCGCCGCGCCGCAGCCUGCGAGUCUGCAGUCUGUGACGCUGCAGUCUUCAGCUCCGCCGCAGGCAUCGCCUCCGCGCAGCCGCGCUUCCUCGCGCGCGCUGCCGCCGUGCGCGCCGCCUGCGGGCGCGACGGCGGUAGGCGUCGCGGCUGGCUCGCCGCGCUUUUCUUCGCUGGCGAGCGGAGGCGGCGCCUCGUCUGCGAGGGGAGGGCUGGGCGAGGCGUUCCCGCAGGCGAGCCUCGGCACGCUGCUGUGUCUGUUCGAGGACGGCACUUCGACGACGCGGUCGUCGAAGCGCCUCGCGGAGGCUCGCUACCUAAACCGCACCUACCGCUCGCGCUUCCCCGAGCCCGUCGCCUUCCUCCUUUCCCUCGCUGCAGAGCAAGGACCGGCGCCUGACGCCGCGGAACAGCCGCGCGGAGGCGGCGCAGCCUCGGAGCAGGGCGUCAGCGGGGCGCAGUCCCUCGCGGCGGGUGCCCAUGAGAAGGCGAUUCGCGCGAAGCACUUCCGCUGGUUGCAUGUGCUGCUCCCCUGCAAUCCGCGGCUGUUUGGAGGGACUCUCGCCCUCGGCGCCCUCGCCAACGCGGAUGGCGCAUGCGCGUCGGCAUCUGCGGCCUUCGCGCCCGGCGGCUUCGCCUCGGCUUCGCCCUCGCUGUCUCCGUCGCCCUCGUCGUCUUUCGUGCCGUCUGCAGCCGCUGCGUCUUCGGGUGCUGCGUCUUCGGGUGCGCCGCCUGAGGCGGAGGGCGACUUCGCGCAGCGCGUCUGGAGUUUCCUGCGGCUGCUCGCCCACGUCGAUGGCCUGAUGCUUCGCAGCGGCGGCCCGCUCUUCUGCUUCUCCGCUCAAGACACGCUGCGCCCGCUGCUGCAGAGAUUCCCCCGAGACGUGCUGAGUUUCCGCGCGCUGCUGGACGGCAGCCUCGUCCACUGGCUGCUUCACCCCGACGCGCCAGUGGACUCUGCGAAGCCCGGAGCCCUGGAACAAUGCGUGGCGUUCAACGAGGCGGAGGCGCGGCGCCUCGACCCCGCGCUCGCCCUUCCGGUCUGGCCGCCGCUGGCGCCGCUCGCCACUUCGCCGCCGCCGAGCCUCGCGAGCAGCGAGGCAGACGCCGCGGACGAAGAGAAGAAGCUCCAAGGCGUAGACGCUGCGGGGGGGGAGGGCGGUGCGAAGAAGAAAAAGGCAAGAAAGCCAAAGGCUGUGCGGCAGCGGAAGGCAGAGGAGCUCCUCGAGCUCACAGAGCCCAGCCUUGUGGCCUUCAAGGUGAGGCGCUCGGUGCAGAGAAAUGGAGACGGAGAAACCGCUUCCGGCGUCGCAUUCGCCCGCGAGCGGGGAAGGUGCGGGGCUGGGGGGGGAGGCGGCCUCGGGCCUCGCCUGGGCGCAGGGUUUUCAUGUCUUCGCGUUGAGGCCUUUCUCUGCAGCUUUGCGGCGUUCUUCGGUUUCUUGUCUCAGGAGGAACUGGAGGCGACGGCGGCAGACAAAGGCGCCGCGGGAGUGUCUUCUUCAGCGAGCUUCCACUGGCACAGGGUGUUUCGAGACGCCGCACUCCUCACGCGACUCUCCCUCGCGGCGCGGCAUCUUCUCCGAGAGAAUCAACUCGUCAGGCCGCUGUUGACUCAGGAGAUCCCUGUGGCUGCGCUUCUCGCGCUUCUCGACGUGACCGGCGUCGCCAUCCAGCCGCAGGCGUACGAGCGGCUCAAGUCCUCCCUAGAUGCUGCGCUGGUGGCCUUGGAGAGGGAAGUGAAUCGCGUCGCAGGCACGUCUUCGCCGGUUCAAGUCGCGUCCCCUGCACAGCUCUCCAAGCUCCUUUUUGACGACUUGGCGCUGCCGCUGCCCGGGCGAGCUGUCGCUGCAGUCAGCGGCAGUCGCCCGCGCCGCGCGCCUGCGAAGAAUGUCUCUGCGCGAUCGACUGCCGAAGAAGUUCUCCAGGAAAUCGCGGAUCUGCACCCAGUCGUGCCUCUAAUUCAGAGCUUCCGGUCGCUGGCCAAGCUGCGGUCGACGUAUGUCGAGAGCACGGCAGCGCUCUCGCUCUCCUCGACGUGCCCGCUGAGCGCACAGGAGGGCGCGGCAUUCAAAGUCGCCUUCAAAAUCUACGACGAGAUCGCGCCGAAGCGAGCUUCCUGCAGCGGCGAGCCCGGGGCCUCACAGGGGGCCUGCGCAGAGACUGCGGAGCGAGGCGAAGGAGAAGACGCGACGGACGAGCUCUGCGUCUUCGCAGACGCCGCGCGAGACUACCCUGCCCUCUAUCCCACGCAGCAUCCGCGAAUGUUCACGCGGUGGAAUCAGACGCGGACUGUCACGGGGCGGCUGUCAUCUUCGUAUCCAAAUCUGCAAAACAUCCCCAAGGUCAUGGAGCUUCCGUCUCCCUCUUCUCUCGUCUCGUCUCUCGCUGCGGAGUCUGCCUCGUCGCCCGCGGCUGCGCACUCGGCGCCUUCGGUCUUCUCUCACCUGCCGCGGAACGUCAACUGCCGAGACGCAUUCCGCGACGACGCUCAGGACGGCUCAUCGGUUCUCAUCGCUGCCGACUAUGCCCAAAUUGAAAUGCGUCUUUUGGCGCACUUCUGUGGAGCGGGUCCCCUUCAGUCGCUGUUGCUCGGUCGCGCGGUGUCGGGUUGCGGGCGCGAAGCCGACACCAACGAGCCCGUCGACCUCUACAGAGAAAUGGCCGCCUUAUAUGCGGAUAUUCCUUCCAAUCAGGUCACCAAAGACCUGCGCGACAAAGUCAAGGUCACGUGUUUGGCGUUGAUCUACGGUAGCGGGACUUGCACCAUCGCGCGACAGAUGAACAUUUCUCUCGCGGCGGCCUCUGCGUUCCGCUCGAAGUUUCUUUUUGUCUUCCCAGACGUCUCGCAGUUCAUUCGCAGCAUCAUCGCCAAGGGCCGCGACGACGGAUUCGUCACCACGCUGACUGGGCGCCGCCGCUACAUUCCUGAGGCAAAGAGCAACAAUAGCCACGUGCGUGCCCUCGGCGAACGCCUCAGCGUCAACAGUUGCAUUCAGGGUUCCGCGAGCGACCUGAUGAAAAUCGGCAUGAUGCGCCUGCAGGCCGAGCUCCUCGCCCAUCCGUGGGACCCCGCGUGCCUUCCGCCGCGUUUGCUGCUCUCGGUGCACGACGAGCUCGUGCUCCACUGCGCACGUAUCCAUUUGGAUCCUCUCGCGAAAAUGAUCAAAACGUGCCUCACGCAGGACAUGCCAGUAGAUGUCCCCCUCGACGUCUCCAUCAGCGCAGGACCGACCUGGGGCGCUCUCACGAAACUCGCCGUCUAA